GUACAAGGGCCGCACACAUGUGAGCAGAAGCAAGAAGGUAGUAGGUAGAAUAUCGCACAAUAAAGCACUAUAAGAAGGACCCGGCAGUAAAAGAGGCAAUCAGUACUGAAGCAACUGUUGAGAGUGAAACGUAAAGCACAUCAUGAUGCAUUUCAAGAUGACAAAAACGAUGGGGGAUGGAAAAGUAAAUAUAAAGAAAGUCGGGUUUCGUCGCAAAUGGACGGCCGACGAAGUUCAAAGAAUAUUGAGCUUCCUGCGUGAGAACGAGUUCGAGCAACCCAACGGCACAGUAUUCUAUAAGAAGCUGACGAGGGACCACAAGUUUCCUGUCGACUGGAAACUAGUGCGUUGUAAAGUGCGCAAUUUGCGAAUUUCGUAUUUGAAGGCGAGAUCAGUGUUAGCUGCUCAAGGACACACAACGCCCGACAGAAAUCUUCCGAGUAUUACAUUUAGAGUCUGUCCCUACUACAGAGAAUUGCAUGAAAUUCUAAAAAACGCAGCACCGCCAACUCCAAGAACAAGCCUAACAAAAGGCACAGACGAUCCAAUCGAACCCAACAAACUAAAGGCUAGCGCAUUGAAUCAAGUGGGGACGGCAAAUGCUUUAGUCAAACCUGCAACGGCAGAUGAGUCGUGGGAGGACGAACUUAUUGACGUGGGCAGUGCCUCCUUUGAUACAGAUUCCAUGCAAUUGGAAGAGAAUGACGAAAAUAUGAAUCAAACCAACACAAUGAACACAUCAACCGUUCCAAUGCCUAAAGUGUUCAUCAAACAAGAGAGGAAUCGUUCCCUGUCGCCAUCUCCGACCCCAAACAUUACAGGCGUUUUCAGCGCAACCGAUACGAACUUUUCACAAAUGAAUGGAGCUGCCAAGUCCACAAACUCCGAUUGCCCACCACCGAAGAGACUCUGUGUAAGAUCCAGCAAAGACGAGGAGCGUGAGGAAUUCCUGUUUCAACGAGAGAUCAAAAUCAAAGAGCUCCGACUACACGAAAAAGAGCUGGACAUCAAAAAAUUUGAGUUGGACUCCCGUGAGCGUAUGCUGCGCAUGAAAUUGGAAAUGAAAGAGCGGAUAGCUUUGAAAAAGCUCGAGCUUAAAUAUGGCCGCAAAUAAUUCAGUAUAACGACAAAUCAUUUCAACUUUCAUAGAAAAUUGUUUAGCAUUACAGAUAAUAUACGUAGAAGUUAAGCGUUCUUUCUUCAACUUUGUCCCAAACAGAGAAGAUUAAGGUUAAUCUAGUACCUAAAACGAAUGAAAUAAAAACCCAAAUAUCCGAAUAUCAGAAAAUAUAAA